GUAACCUAUCAUCACCGAAGCUACCUUCACAUUGAUGUUUGUGUUUUCGAAUAUAUACUUUUUUCCUCUCACACAAUGACUUCAGUGAAGUCAUGCGCGUCUAGUGUUCUGUAAAAGAAAUUCAUUUGCCAUCCAUUAGGAGAAAAUGAUGUAUUUCUCCUACACACACAAAUGUCCUUGAGUUAAAGGAUAUCUUGACUGAUUUUCUCAUUGAUAAACCAUUUUGUCACACAUCUUUUCGCGGGUACAAUCUUUAUUGUAUAUAAGAGACGCAGACUGCCACCUUUGUCUGCUAAUUAACGAAUACAGAAUAAUGAGAAACACAUCACGAUUCUCUCUCUGUAUAUGUACAUUGCUGACAUCUGUAUUCAGUUAUGGAACUUCAGCAAUCGGAAAAUCAGUCGUGGUGAAUGUGCCUGUUGAGCAUUGGAAAUUGUUAGCCGAUUCAAAACCGAGGCCAACUCAGAGUGUUCAACUCAUUUUUGUCAUGAAAAGCCAUGAUUCACAAGUUGCGGAUCUAGAACGAAAGUUUGAGCAAGUAAGCGAUCCAACGCAUGCCGACUAUGGUAAAUUUCUGUCCUAUGAUGAAAUACAUCAACAGUUACUCAAUGAGACAACAAAAAGUGGUGCAAUUGUUGAAAAGUGGUUACAACAACAUGACGGGCUUAAUAUUAGAUCAACUGCUCAUAAAGAGUUUCUGAUUGUCCAAUUACCUCUUCGUAUUCUGCGCCUAAUUGAACAAUUGUUUCAAACGAACCUAAACACGUAUCAACAUCGUCUCAGUGGACAACUGACAUUCAAAGCGAGGCAGUUUCAACUAUCAAGCAUUAUUUCUGAUCAUAUUGAUCAUAUUGAAGGACUCAGUGGAUUUCCAAUAGUGUUAACCAGAUCUACGGCAAUACAUCAAUUAGCCGAUGAGAACCAAUCAAAUGCCCCUGGCAUAGUAUCUUUUAAGAAAAGUGGAAAGAAAAUUGAGUUUUAUAUUCAAUUAAAAUGUUCAAAUGGUGAAUAUGCAAGUGGUAGCAUAUGUUCGGAAUUUAGAGGCUAUCAAAUCACUUUAGAAGGUCUCUCAUCAACAGAAAAGCAACUUGUAUCAUCGAAGAACGCCAGUUGUCAAGUGUGCAAUCAAGCGACGGAGAUCAGUAUUUGGGAUAUAUGUACAAAGAAUAUUAUGGAUCUUUCUAGAGUGGUAUGCCACUUCGUUCUAGCAUAUGAUAGUGAUAAAUAUCAACAGAGUAAAGUUUCUGUUCAAACACAAUUUGUCAAGAAUGGUAAGACAAGUUAUUCUUCUUCAGCGAUCAAGAAAUUUGAACAAGUGUCUAACGUGUCACCAGCGCUUUUGGCAUCAUUUUAUAAUGUCAACAUGAGUACCAUUAAAGAGAAACGUCAUAUAAAGAGUAGACAAGCUGUUGUGGGGUUUUCAGAAUAUUAUAAUCUAAAAUCGUUCAAAGCAUUUACACAAAGCUUUGGGAAAGACUUCAAUUUGAAGAUAGGUAAAGUCUAUGGAGUUGAUUAUAAGAAUGCAUCAUAUGAUGAAAUGGAAACAUCAUUGGACAUGGAAUACAUGGCAGCAAUGGGUGCUGGUAUCGUGACAGAUUAUAUUCAAACGCCAAAUGUCGGUUUUGCACCGUUUUUCGCAGAAUUAGCGACAUUAGAGUCGAAUAAAAGUAAUGUUGUUCCACUCGUUUAUUCCAUAAGUUACGGUGGCAAUGCAAGACUAUUUGAACGAAAAGUGAUUCGUAUGUAUGACGUACAGUUUAUGAAGAUGGGUGUCUCAGGAAAGACGAUUUUCGUUAGCUCAGGCGACGAUGGAAUAUCGAGCGAGGUUGGUGUUUGUCCAAAACCUUUUCUGCCUCUGUACCCGGCUUCGUCACCUUAUGUCACUAGUGUUGGUGCUACACAGCUAGUUCGAGGUGUUAACGGCAGUUGUCGAUAUAUACCACAAGGUAGUGGCAUAUGUCUUGGAGAAAUUGUUGCUUAUACAAAUGACUUGACAGGCUGUUCCAUAACAUCCGGUGGUGGAUUUUCGGAAUAUCAAUCAAUGCCAUCUUGGCAAAAAACAUUUGUUCAGAAUUAUUUGGCUUCAGCCAGUAAGCGUCUACCAGCAUCUACAUAUUUUAAUAAAAGUAAUCGUGCAUAUCCUGAUAUUACCUUACUUGGACAUGCUUAUAGCAUAAAAGUGCAAGGAAACUUUAAUAACCUUGUAGAUGGUACGUCAGCCAGCUCUCCGACUACCGCUGGUCUGUUCAGUUUAAUCAAUGAUCAACGAUUAAAACUUGACAUGAAACCAUUGGGUUUCUUAAAUCCUUUACUUUAUCAAUUAGCACGAACCUAUCCAGAAGUAUUCUACGAUAUUGUUACCGGCAAAAACAAUUGUCAGUCUGGGUCAGUUUGUUGUCAAUAUGGUUUUGAAGCUCAGAAAGGAUACGAUCCUGUUUCCGGCCUAGGAUCAAUUAAUCAUGGGCUAAUGAUGAAAUUACUGACGCAGAAAACAACCGGUUGA